AUGCUGCUAUUUUUCUUCAUGUCUUUCAUGGAGAUUGUCUCAGGGGCAGAUUGGUGUUAUCAGUCUGAGGUUUCCUGCAAUCACACCUGCUCAGGGCCAGAUGAUUGGGAUCUUGUUUCUCAUCACUGCAUCAGUAAAGCUCAGUCACCAGUCAACAUUGUUACAAGGAGAACAUUACCCGAUGGACGUCUCACUCCUCUGCACCUCAUCGGCUAUCAAGACACUUUUCACGGACACCUUUCCAACAACGGCCACACCGUUCAGUUGGAUUUACCCCCCAGUAUAAGAAUCAACGGCGGUAAUCUGGUCAGAACUUACAACGCAGUUCAGCUCCACUUCCACUGGGGCAAAAAUGGAGGUCCGGGCUCCGAACACACACUUGACGGAGAGCGAUUUCCAAUGGAGAUGCACGUCGUGCACAUCAAAGAACAGUACAGUUCAAUUUCGCAGGCCGUGAGAGAUCGAACAGGGGUCGCCGUUCUUGGAUUUUUCUUUCAGGAAUCAAGUUCUGCAAACAAGAAAUUUGCUCCGCUAAUAAACGCCCUGAAAAGAAUCACGCGACCAUCCAAAAAAACCACGCUGGAAGGCGUCUCCCUGCAGAUGUUCAUCGCCCCUCAUUCCAACAUGACUGCGUAUUUUCGCUAUGACGGCUCCCUCACCACACCACUCUGUGCUGAGGCGGUCGUCUGGACGCUCUUCGAGAACCCCAUCCCACUCAGCAGGCAGCAGCUGGCUGCGUUCUCCCAGCUGGAGUUCUCCAGCGGGAGGCCGAUGGUGAACACCUUCAGACCAGUGCAGCCUUUGAACGGGAGGCAGGUGUAUCGCUCUGGCGGCCAUGUUGCCGGGGUCAGCGCCGCACUGCUCCUCGUGGCACUCCUGGUGCACACUCCAUGA